GCUGUCAAUUUUUUUGGCUCAAAAGUUGUAAUUAGACAUGCAGGCUGACUACUUUUCAUUUGCCUUCGACACAGGCAACGAACUGCUCGUAUUUCUAGCACAAGUUUUACAAAAAAAACCUAAAUUAAAAAGUGAACAAAGUACAGUGCCGUCAAAAUGUCGGCACUGCGCUUGAUUCCUCGGAAUCUAAGCCAGUUGGCGACGCCGACGAGGAUGAUGAUUGGGCGUCGCUUUGCCAGCGGCGGAGACGGGAUUCGCCUUCUGAUCGGGGAUCGCGAGGUGGUCGGCUACGGGAUCAACGGACGACCCCUGUACUUCGAUAGCCAGGACUGUCCAUUUCCGGCGAUUCGAUACCGCGAAGUCACCCCGGAGCUGUGCGCCGUGCGUGAAAAGGAGCUGGGCGACUGGAAGAAGCUGUCGCUGGAUGACAAGAAGCUGCUGUAUCGCCAUAGCUUCUGCCAAACCUACGCGGAGUUCCAGCACUUUUCGCCCGAGUGGAAGAUCUGCCUGGGCGUCGCCUUGUGGCUGGUGGCCCUUGGCAUGGGCAUAACAAUUGUCCUGAAGGCCAAGAUGUAUGGGGAGCUGCCGGAGACGUUCGACGAUGUGCACCAGUCGGCGCAAUUACGUCGGAUGAUCCAGCUGCAGAUGAAUCCCAUAACUGGAAUUUCAUCCAAGUGGUGCUACCACGAGAACAAGUGGAAGUAAGCACUCGACACUCGCACACAAUUGGUCGCCGUUAAUUAUGUACAGAAAUCAAACGAAUAUCACACGAAUGACAUACUAUCAAAAGCAUAAUCGAUUGCCAUUCUCUCGUACCACAUUGCCAAACCAAAGCUAUAAUUCACACUGGUCUUACACGAAAAUGGAAGUACAUUGAUAGUUCGCCAAACGCUAAAUGAUAGGUUUUUCGCACACGCCUUGCACCACUAUGAUUGUUUGCCACACGCUGUACACUAUGCGCACAAACUCAUCAAGACGUUCUACAACUCAAUUGGCAAGGGACUCGUUUCCUUCGUUAAUAUCGUAAACCAUUUAAAUAGGAUAAUGCAGAAAUUGAAAUUGAAUCGUUUUCCAACACUGUCAACACUACACUACACUUAUAAAAUAACAAAGAAAUGUAAAACAUUCCACUUUACAAACUUAUUGUAACACCUUAUUGCGAUGGGAACAUAAAAAAAUGUUUAAAAAAACAUGUUUUUUACUAUUUAUAGACAUAUCCCAACCAUCAAACACAGGAUAUGUGAGCUAAAAAUGCGCUUUAUUGCAAUCUUGAAUUGAGAUUUUAAUACAUCUUAAUCGGCUGCAUGCGGCUUCAUGUCGCUGACUGUA